UUAGAUUAUCCUCAUAUGUUAGCAGUUAGCAUGUGCGGUUGUGUCUGUGCACUCCGUGACGCUUUGGAUAGAUACUAACGUUAGCUGUUCAGAUUACUCACUUGAAAUGUGGGUGUUGUUAUAAAAUGUGUUGAUUUGUCCUGUACCUCCGCGUGUGUAGUCAUGGAAACAGACGCGUCGCUCCUCGGCGUUGAACUAGAGCAGAAACAGCAAGAAGAGCUGUAUCAACAACUUUUGCUGCAGACCAUGGGAAAAGUGCAAAGCGAAAGUCCCCCUUCCAAAGUCAUCCGUCCACAACCAGGCAUGUGCGUGAAGACCUCCUCAAUGUCAGACAAAAAGAAGGUCUUUCUGAAUAUCUGUCAGUCACAGGCGGUGCCGCCCCCUCCUCAUCUGUCCCAGGAAGCACUCGUGGAACUACUGGAGUCAGAGGACCCGACGAGUUACAGAGUGCCCAUGAGUCUCGGCGAGCCACAUACAGAAGUGGACAACAGCUCACAAGGCUGUACUGUGUAUGAUGUCGUGAUCAACGAUGAGUUCUUCCAGAAAUGUCAGAAAGAUACCCUGUUCCAGCAGUUUCUUAUUGCAGUUUCUUUGGAGGGACUGGAAAACAAGUACAACCUUGAGUUGAGCAGAGAUGUUAAAAUUUUGAAGAACAGGAAGUUCAUGGGCUCCAUAGCAGAACAAAAUAUUCGUGCCAAGAGCAAGCCUAUUAUCCAGGAAAUUGACUCAAAGGAAUCUGACUCCUUGCCUUCAUCAACCAAACGUCCAGAGUUCAGUUUAUUAGUGGAGCCCCCAAGUGGAAAUGCAGAGCAUCUGAUCGCUGAGAUCCUGCUUCCUGGAGUGAUAUCUGCUUGCUCUCUUGUUCUGGAUUUGGGAGAAGACAGACUAGUGCUGAUUGCUCGAUCUUCUCUUUUCCACUUGGAUAUUUUCUUUCCCCUUCUUAUUGACCAAGAAAACAGUGUUGCCCAGUUCAACACAAACACACAGGGUUCAUUUCUAAUCCAUCCAUGGUCCUAUGCCGUAGCUGCUAACACCCUCCAUCUGUCCCUGUCCUCAUAUAAAAACAAGCCAUUGUCCCGCAUUACAAAACUCUCAUAAUUCACGGGGACUGU